AUGGAUGAAAAUUAUUUUCGAAAUAAAAUUGUUUGUGUAACAAGUGCUGGACGAGGUAUUGGUAAAUCACUAGCUUUACGACUUGCUCAACUAGGUGCUAAAGUUAUUUCUGCUAGUAAAACUGAUGAACAUUUAAAAGAACUUAAUAAUAAUAUUGUACCAGUAUAUGUUGAUUUAAGUGAUUGGAAAGCAACAAAAGAAGCUAUCAAUCCAUAUCUACCUAUUCAAUUAUUAGUAAAUAAUGCUGCUAUUUCUAUUCAUGAUUCAUUCCGAGAAGUUAAACAAGAAGAUUUUGAUACAUUAUUUAACGUCAAUGAAAUUGCACGAGAUUUAAUUGAACGUAAAUUACCUGGUUCAAUUGUUAAUGUAUCAAGUCAAGCAUCAGCCGUUGAUGGUUUAACGUGUUAUGGCUUUGAAAUUCGGUCCUCAUCAAAUUCGGGUUAA